AUGCCGUUGACGACAGUGGCGAUGGCGAAACCGGAAGCGGAGAUAAGCCCGGUGAUCCGGAAUCCGGUAGGAAGAGACGGGAAUUGUCUCAUUUUUGCAGAGGGAAAAAACGCCAAGCACCGUCAGAAGCUGGAUGAUGACGCUGCGAGCUCCUCUUGCAAUCGGAAAGGUGAUCAAACCGGCUCGGAAGGCGGUGGAUCCAAAGGAGGACGGUCUGGCAAAACGGAGGACGGUGAAAAUAUAAUCGAGUAUCGCCGGUCGAACAAGUUGUUCAUCGAGCUUGGAUGGACGAUACUUCCGAAGGAUACGGUAAUGCGAAGGGUUGUGGAAUUCGAGACUGAGCCAGCAAAGCCUCGCAUGAAUUGGUUUAAAAACAACCGAAUGUACGGCAAGCAAUACUAUGCUGACGGAAAUACGGUAUUUCUCAACUUCCUCGAGGAUGGUACGGGUCACGUUUACUAUCCCGACGGAAAAAUCGCGAUUGCGGCACACAUUUCUAAGGAGGAAACUCACGAGACCUACAAGGUGUACUCCGAAGGAGGCAGAGACCUUAUGGGGGUUGUUCGAGCCCCUUGGCUGAUGGGGGUAUUCGACUCCAUGGGCAACGGCGUCGUCUACGAUGAGAACUGCAAAGUACGGUUAAGCUACAACCAGAACGGCGGCGUUUUCCCCGAAAAUCCAUCCAAAGUUCCCUUCUCCUGGAAUUGGAACAACUUUCAGGCUCCCCCAAUCGACCAAGUCGUACGCGAGGAACCUCCAACAGUCCGAUUGCCCCCGGAAUUCGUUUCAGCAAAAGAGCCAACUAACAGCGGUAGCAAAAGUUCGAAGAGAUCAAAAUCAUCGAAGGUUACGAGCUGCUGGAAGCUGAGUGAAAGCGGAAACAUGGCAUUAAAUCAAAAGUCGGAAACGAUCGAACCGAGCAAUGUGAUAGAGCGCAAAGUGAUCGCGCCGCUGAAGCCAAUAUGUCUGAAAAUGAACAAAUAUCUGAGUCUCCGAAUACUCGACCGGAAGAAUAUAAACCUUCAAUUCUUUGCCGGGCCGAAGAGUAUACGAAUCGAAUUGGGAACAGAGGUAAAUCCGAACGUUCAGAUCAACUCGGAGCUAGUAGACCGCAACGACUGGACCGCGAAAAUGACGAAUUGGUUAACUUGCAUGAAUUAUGAUUUUCUAAGGAGUAAGUACGACGUGGAUUCGAAUCUGGCAAAGGUUGAUCCGUCCAAAGUAGAAGACAGUCUCGUCGAAAUAGCCAAAGAAAUUGAACGCGUGAAAACUGAAGCGAAUUCAAGGCGACUUAUGAUCGCCAAAUACAGACCUCACUUGAUUGACAAGUCUUCGUGA